UAGUGGUAAUAUGCCAUUUUGAACAGAAGGGUUGUAUUUGCGGUCAGAUGCAUCCAGUGGGAAAAGUUAUUGUAGUGUGAAACGUCCUUUUAUGAGCGAGAAUGCCCUUUUUAAGGCGUGGCAUGCUAACGCUAGUUGACUUUCUUCUGCACGAAAACGGGCUGUAUAUGGAUGGGGUCAGGUUCGCCUUUGCACACACAGCGGCACACAUCGGUGUAGCAGUGGAGGCAGCGGCGGUCAGCGACAUGCAAGUCGGAGGUGUGCCCAGCUGCAGCAAAGGUGGACUUGCAGGGUGUGUUUUCAUCAUCUUGAGUCGCACCGGGAGAUUGCCUGAAAAUCUUCGGAGCUUGUGGUCGCAGCUCUCUGGAUGGACUGCAACGCUUCUUUUCAUGUUCAUGCCUGUUGCACAGCUGCUGUCCAAUCUUAGAAAUCCAGAAGGAAUGGCGGGGAUGUCAGUCCUCAUGGUUCUUCUCGGACUGAUUGGCAAUGCGUUGAUGAUCCCUCGCUCAAUCUUCACACGUGACAUCAUCUGGUUUACUGGAUGCACCUGGGCCACUAUGAUGAUGGGGUGGGGAAAUCUUCUGUGCAUGUACAUGUGAGUCAAACUUCAGUGGGAACAUCUCCACCCAGCUACCACUACCUUCCUGGUUGUUUAUGUGCUCGAUGAACACAUCUCCAACCUCUCUUCUCAAGCAAUGCGAUGGUUGCAGUUGUAAAUGGUAUCCCUCUUGUCUUCUUCCUCAAUGAAUGAAAGGAGGCUCU